UUUCUCCCUUACUAACAUAAUUUUUCAUUUGAUUAUUUUUGUAACUCAUCAAAGUAUUUACAUAGUCCAUAAUAAAUUAUUUCUUCUUCUCUCCCUCCUCUUUUGGACUUCCUCUACUUCUUUUUCUUCCUUCUCCCUUUUUUCACGAACUUCAUCAUUCACUUUCUCUGCCUUCUCCUCCUCAGUGUCUUGUCCUCUCUCAUACUUAGCCAUCACAGGAUUAUGCACCAAGGAAAUUACAGUUCUCUUCACAAUUUCAUUCUACUUGGCUUCUCUGAUCAUCCCAAUUUGGAAAAGACUCUGUCAGGAGUUGUCGCCAUCUUCUACUUAAUUACAUUACUGGGUAACACAGCCAUCAUUCUUGCAUCUCUCCUGGAGUCCCAGCUCCACACACCAAUGUAUUUUUUCCUCAGGAAUUUAUCUUUUCUGGAUUUGUGUUUCACAACCAGCAUUGUUCCUCAGAUGCUGGUUAACCUGUGGGGCCCUGAUAAGACCAUCAGCUUUGUGGGCUGUGUCAUUCAACUCUAUGUCUACAUGUGGUUGGGCUCCAUUGAGUGCCUGCUCCUGGCUGUCAUGUCCUAUGAUCGUUUCAUAGCUAUUUGCAAACCCUUGCACUACCUUGUCAUCAUGAACCCACAUCUCUGUAUCAAGAUGAUCAUCAUGGUUUGGAGCAUUAGUCUGGCCAGCUCCAUAGUAUUAUGUACACUCACCCUGAAUUUGCCUCGAUGUGGAAACAACCUUCUGGAUCAUUUCCUGUGUGAGUUACCAGCUAUGGUCAAGUUAGCCUGUGUCGACACAACAGCAGUUGAAAUGUCUGUUUUUGCUGUAGGUAUUGUCAUUGUCCUUACACCCUUGAUCCUUAUCCUCGUAUCCUAUGGCUAUAUUGCCAAGACUGUGCUGAGGAUGAAGUCCAAAGCAGGCCAGCGAAAAGCAGUGAACACCUGUGGAUCUCAUCUCACUGUAGUGUCCAUCUUCUAUGGAACUAUUAUUUACAUGUACUUGCAACCAGGGAACAGUGCCUCCAAAGACCAGGGCAAGUUCCUCACCCUCUUUUACACCAUCAUCACUCCAAGUCUCAACCCCCUCAUUUACACAUUAAGGAAUAAAGACAUGAAGGAUGCCCUGAAGAAGCUGAUGAGAGUCCACAAUGACUCUACAAAAAGAGAGACAUGAAGGCAUAGAAAAAUAAUAGAGUGAAUAAGGCAAGUAAAUAUGUGUUCUAACCUUAACUUUUACAGUGGUAAUUCUGAGAUUAAAAAUAUCAAUUAAUGUCACCAUUCUUCCAUACAGACAUUGUGUUGAUAGAAACAAGGAAACC